AUGCGGCUUAUUGCCAAUCUGCUCACAGCCGUAAUCGGUCCCUGUCCCGAGGCUUAUGAGGAUGACACAUUGGGUUCAUCUGAUCACCAGAUUCACUUGAUCACCCCAGAUCACUUGAUUACAGUUGCCACGAACGGAUGUACGAACGAAUGCGAUUCCAAUCCUUCUCUCAGAUCAUUCCUUCGGUCCAAAUUCCCCAANUCAGUUGCUUCCAGUGAACAGAAUGUCACCGAAUACAAACUGACAGACCUAGCCAUUUCUCAGGCAUUGCAAAAUGCAUAUUCGAACUACUGUUCACAACCUCUCACGACCGCAUUCACCGAUCAGUUUGGGUUCGCGGAGGACGAAUUUGCCGAGACCCAAUCCCAUCCGAAUGUGGCACUGGAUGCCCGACUGAGUGAGGUCAGCUUCUCGUUGCAUAUUCACGAGGACACAGAGAACGGCACUCUAUUCGAGCAGGCUUGCAACGAUGCCAUCCAACUGAACGAGAAGGAAGUCGGUUUGGAUUGGAUUUGUCUCCCCGAGCCGACCACAUCUCCUUCGAAGUUGACCACUGAGACAGAGGAUGUGGCCUCACCCCUAGUCGAGACCGGUUCGGAACAAGUCCGUCCGAAACCAGAGUCUGGUUUGCUGUCCAGAGCCAAACUACUCGAGGUUUUCAAUGAGAUUCAGUCAAGUGCAAACAACAGACUAACAGACGACAAUCGCGAACUGUACAUAGAUGAUGAUGACGAUGACGAGAACUCUGAGGAAGAAGAGGAUAUGGACGCGGUCUUGGUGAGCAGUCCACGUCAACCUCAGCCCAAGUCCGUGAUGCACGACGAGAACCUAGCCGAGACUCACCUGAUCCUGAAUGGGUUUGAUCAGGCGUUGCGAUUGAAAAAUUUGCCCACUUUGGCCGAGACUGAAGUGGACGGUGAAGAAAAUGAGAUCGGGGAUGAUGGCUUGGACGAGAGUGAUACACGGAACGGAUCCGAAUCCAUGCCCAAGAGUCGUGAUGGAAAACGUAAGAAUGGAAUCGUGUCCCCCCGGGAGAAACCGAUUCGGGAUCGGAGACCCACACCCCCUCUCAAUACCAGUCCAACUUAUCUGCACCCACCCAAAGAUCAACACCUUCCCCGCUUAUCAGAUGAGGACGAGGAUGCCGAAGUGGCCGAACAUUUGGCCGCCGGUACCGAACAGAACGGACAUUCUCUAACCAAUGGGAUCAAUCCCGGUCGAACUAACGGGGAUUGGGUAGAGAUACAUCGACCCGACAGUCAUUCACCGGAUCUGGAAACACGGGGACUGAUCGUGCCCAAUGGAACUGAUGCGCAACCCUCCCCUCCAGCAGUGCCAUUGACUGCAUGGAAAACGCACAUGGUUCUCACUCAACAGUCCGACACCCUCACGGCUUCUCCACAUAAUCGUCUGAGUCCUCGAAUCAGUUUCGGAGGGGAUCCGGAAAAUCAUCCUGACGAUUCAGACCCGAUUGGGCUUGGUGAUUUGAGCGCCGGUAUGUCCCAUCUUGCCUGGACACCAAAUAAAACCACCGGGGUGUUACAGUCCAAGCAGCUUAAUUGGACCGCAGAUCGAUUGAGCGGUGGAGCUCCGCGCAGUCUGAUUAUGCCCACUAAACGGUCAAGUGUGAACCGGUCCCACCACGAUGCCUACUCGAAUCCGCUAGGUCCAUUGAAUGUUAAUCCGGGACUCAUGGAACGGUUAACGCGCACUUCACCUCUCCUAGGCGUCCCAUCUGCCACCUCUCCUUCAUCCCCAACCCCACGGCUCUCACCUUCAGAUCCAGUGAGUAAACCGCACAUGACCGAAUACAGUCGCCUAUCCUCACAUUUCGCUUCAAAGAGUCCACAUACAUCGUGUGGGAUCACAGCGACUGUGAAAGUGCGACACGGUUCAAAAGCACACAAUUUACCUCCAUUCGUGAUCAGCGAGAAUGAGCUGAUCACCAGUGAUCGAAGCACGUUAGAUGAGUACGUUUUUUAA